AUGCUAAUGAUACUGUUACCAGUUGGUGUAGCACUCUGUGUGGUUCCAGUAUGCAGUGGUCCGGACUCUUUAUCCGAAUCGUCGUUAUGCAUCAAUCCGGAUCUUUUAACACGUCGUCUAAUCUUUUCUUAUUUAUGUCUGGUAGCUGUGUUUGCACACUGUAAUUUUUCACAACUAUGUGCAUGGCCGAAAACAUUACAAGCCGUCUUAGUUGGUAGUAUAUUCUUAUGCUUUACUUACCUUUGUCAAUAUCGACUCACGUCUCUGAUCACUGAGAAUAUUGGAAAAUUUGGUUAUGGUUAG